UGAACCGCGGCCACCGGCACGGGGUGAGCAGCGGCUGCCUGGGCACCAUGGAGGUGAAGAGCAAGUUUGGAGCUGAGUUUCGUCGGUUUUCACUGGAGAGAUCCAAACCUGGAAAGUUUGAGGAGUUUUAUGGACUGCUGCAACAUGUUCACAAGAUCCCCAAUGUUGACGUGCUGGUGGGGUACGCAGACAUCCACGGGGACCUGCUGCCCAUAAACAAUGACGACAACUACCACAAGGCGGUUUCCACCGCCAAUCCGCUGCUCAGGAUUUUUAUACAGAAGAAGGCAGAAGAAGCUGACUACAGUGCCUUUGGCACCGACACGCUCAUCAGGAAGAAGAACGUGCUGAGCAACGUGCUGCGUCCCGACAACCACAGGAAGAAGCCUCACAUCGUCAUCAGCAUGCCGCAGGACUUCCGGCCCGUGUCAUCCAUCAUCGACGUCGACAUCCUCCCGGAGACCCACCGAAGGGUCCGUCUGUACAAGUAUGGCACAGAGAAACCCCUGGGCUUUUACAUCCGGGAUGGCUCCAGCGUCCGGGUAACACCGCAUGGCUUAGAGAAAGUCCCUGGGAUCUUCAUAUCUCGGCUCGUCCCCGGGGGUCUGGCCCAGAGCACGGGCCUGCUGGCUGUCAACGAUGAAGUUUUAGAAGUGAACGGUAUAGAGGUGUCGGGGAAGAGCCUGGACCAGGUGACUGAUAUGAUGAUAGCCAACAGCCGCAACCUCAUCAUCACCGUGCGGCCGGCUAACCAGCGGAACAACGUGGUGCGCAACAGUCGGACUUCUGGCAGCUCCAGCCAGUCUACCGACAACAGCCUCCUGGGCUACCCACAGCAGGUGGAGGCCAGCUUCGAACCAGAGGACCAGGACAGCGAUGAGGAUGACAUCAUCAUUGAAGACAGUGGUGAGCCACAACAGAUCCCUAAGGCCACCCCUGACGCCCAGAGCCUGGAGUCCCUGACACAGAUCGAGCUCAACUUUGAGUCAGGACAGAAUGGAUUCUCUCCUCAGGACACGAGCCUGUUGCCUGUGCCUGGCAGCCCGGACACAGAGCUAGAAAGCCGAGCUCCGGACCAGAAACUCUUAGAGGAAGAUGGAACAAUCAUCACACUGUGAGCCGCCACGGUGGUUUCUGAGUGAGGGUGUGAGGAACGGUGUAAGCCUGGCACAUGACUGAUGCUGUGGACCUCGGGGCCAUGCUGUUCCAUGACAGGUCUCAAGUGUGGCUGGGGCGGGAAGGGUGUCUGCCGGGCCAGGCUGCCAUGACACGAGCUUGAGGCCUUAGCUGCAGAGCAGGUGCUUCUCUAACUGAGACCUGCCUGGAGCCGUGCUGCGGGCCUGUGUCCUCCUGCCUGCAGAGCCUGCUCUUCACCCUCUUGUGAAGUCUGAUCAUCUCUGUUAGCCACUGGGAACCUCGGUUCUUCGAUUCCCAGCGUUUAUGCUUUCUGACUUUAAAGUGUUCCUCUGUUAACUGUGACAAAUUAUUUUUUCAUGUGCAGUUUUUGUUCUGUCUUCCGUUUUCUAAGACUUUAGCUGGCCAUGUUUAGGGUCACCUCUCCCCUGGUCAUGGAGCAGCUCCUGUUGUCCCCACCCUGGAGCUUUACAGUUGCAGGGUGCUAUAGUCCUUCAUCCCUAGUCCAUUGGAGAUUGUUUCAGUGCGUGCACGUGUGUGCUUGUGUACAUGUGUGUGUACAUGUGUGUGCACGCGUGUACGUGUGUGUGUGUGUAUGUGUGUGUGUAUGUGUGUGUGCGCGCGCGCACAUGAGAUUUGCAGCACAGUUAGUUGGCUCCCACACUCUUCAAGUGUACCAGGCGGUGUGGAUCAUUAGAUAAAAAGGCCCCCAGGUUCAGAGACUUACACACAAUACAGAUGUGCACUUUGUAUUCAGAAGACGGGGUUUUCUUCCUGGGGAUUCUAGGGUGCUGCCUGCGUUUGGGGAAGCCCAUGUAGGUUCACCACUCUCAGGGGUGGUGAUCAUUUGAGUCUAUUCUUUCCUGUGCGUCCAUUCAGGAUGAGGGAACUGCAGUUGUCUUCCCUUACCUGGCUCCCUCAUGUUACAUGCACAGCCACCAAGAGGCAAACGUGGGCUUAGGCUGCCCUGAGGCCUGAGGUGGACAGUUAUUUAUUUCUUACCCUUACGGUGGCCAAGUGUGGACACCUCACAGCUGUAUACUGACUCCGAGUUGAAGGACUUCUUUGUUCCAUAUUAAGAGCCGGCAGAAGUGAAGUCUUGAUCCAGUGAAGGGUGCCGGACUCCAUCGCCACCGAGCGUGUUAUCUGCGAGCACCUGGCUCAGGCAGGGUGCAAUGACCCCCGACUGAUGGACUCACUGAGUUCCUCCUCUCACGAGGCACCACUUGCUAACAGCGUUCCCUCUCUGACACUGCACCACGCAGUGUGGCUCUUGGGUGGAAGGCCGCCAUAGGCACAGAAGGCUCAGUUGCAUACAUGAAUUAGGGGUGCAUGGGCUCAAAGCUGUAAGUAAAGAUAUUUCACAUACUACCUCUCUUCUCUCUUUCCCUCCCUCCCUCCCUC